AUGACCAAGCGCAAGUGGGAGGGCAGGAGAGAAGGGUUCAGGGUGAACUCCGGCCGCGAGGAGGCGUGCGAGGGACCCGGUCGCCCCACCGCCAGGGGGCGCUUCUCCGAGUCCUGGAGGAGGUUGAGCUCCAGACAGGGAUCCACCAAGAGGUCGGGACUGGCCGCGCAGCAGGCAGCGGCCCAGAAAUCGUGGAUCGAGCGAGCGUUCAGCAAGAGAGAAUGCGUCCACAUCAUCGUCAGCACCAAAGAUCCCCACAGGUGCUGCUGCGGCCGCCUGAUUGGACAGCACGUGGGCCUGCCCCCCGGCAUCUCGUCCAAUCAGAACGUCAGGUCGGAGCGGACGCCCAAGGCCGACGCCCUGUCUGAGAAAUGGUCCAUCAGCAAGCACACGCAGCUCAGCCCCACCGACGCCUUCGGGACCAUCGAGUUCCAGGGAGGGGGGCACUCCAACAAGGCCAUGUACGUCCGAGUGUCGUACGACACCAAGGCCGACCUGCUGCUCCACCUGAUGACCAAGGAGUGGCAGCUGGAGCUCCCCAAGCUGCUCAUCUCGGUGCACGGCGGCCUCCAGAACUUCGAGCUGCAGCCCAAACUCAAGCAGGUGUUCGGCAAGGGCCUGAUCAAGGCCGCCAUGACCACGGGGGCCUGGAUCUUCACGGGCGGGGUCAACACAGGGGUCAUCAGGCACGUGGGCGACGCCCUGAAAGACCACGCCUCCAAAUCCCGGGGCAAGAUCUGCACCAUCGGCAUCGCGCCCUGGGGCAUCGUGGAGAACCAAGAGGACCUCGUGGGCAAAGACGUGGUUCGGCCGUACCAGACCAUGUCCAACCCCAUGAGCAAGCUGACGGUCCUGAACAGCCAGCACUCGCACUUCAUCCUGGCCGACAACGGCACCACCGGGAAGUACAGCGCCGAGGUCAAGCUCCGCCGGCAGCUGGAGAAGCACAUCUCGCUCCAGAAGAUCAACACGCGGAUCGGACAGGGGGUCCCUGUGGUGGCGCUGAUCGUGGAGGGCGGCCCUAACGUCAUCUCCAUCGUUUUGGAGUACCUGAGGGACACGCCCCCCGUGCCGGUCGUGGUGUGCGACGGCAGCGGCCGGGCGUCCGACAUCCUGGCGUUCGGCCACAAGUACUCGGAGGAGGGAGGGCUGAUAAACGAGUCUCUCAGGGACCAGCUGCUGGUCACCAUCCAGAAGACCUUCACCUACAGCCGGACUCAGGCACAGCACCUCUUCAUCAUCCUCAUGGAGUGCAUGAAGAAGAAAGAGCUGAUCACGGUGUUCCGGAUGGGCUCGGAGGGACACCAGGACAUCGACCUGGCCAUCCUCACGGCUUUACUGAAAGGUGCCAACGCUUCUGCUCCUGACCAGCUGAGCCUGGCGCUGGCCUGGAACCGGGUGGACAUCGCCCGCAGCCAGAUCUUCAUCUACGGGCAGCAGUGGCCAGUGGGAUCUCUGGAGCAGGCCAUGCUGGACGCCCUGGUGCUGGACCGAGUGGACUUUGUGAAGCUGCUGAUUGAGAACGGUGUGAGCAUGCACCGCUUCCUUACUCUCUCCAGGCUGGAGGAGCUCUACAACACGCGGCACGGACCCUCCAACACCCUGUAUCACCUCGUCAGGGACGUGAAAAAGGGUAACCUGCCGCCCGACUACCGCAUCAGCCUGAUCGACAUCGGAUUGGUGAUGGAAUACCUGAUGGGCGGAGCUUAUCGCUGCAACUACACGCGGAAGAGGUUCCGAACCCUCUACCACAACCUGUUUGGCCCAAAAAGGCCCAAGGCUCUGAAGCUGCUCGGGAUGGAGGAUGACAUGCCAAUCCGGCGAGGGCGCCAGAAGACCACCAAGAAGCGAGAAGAGGAGGUAGACAUCGACCUGGACGACCCCGAGAUCAACCACUUCCCCUUCCCCUUCCACGAGCUGAUGGUGUGGGCAGUGCUGAUGAAGAGGCAGAAGAUGGCUCUGUUUUUCUGGCAGCACGGCGAGGAGGCCAUGGCCAAGGCACUGGUGGCGUGCAAGCUGGCCAAGGCCAUGGCGCACGAGGCCUCGGAGAACGACAUGGUGGACGACAUCUCGCAGGAGCUCAACCACAAUUCCAGGGAGUUCGGGCAGCUGGCGGUUGAGCUCCUGGACCAGUCCUACAAGCAGGACGAACAGAUGGCCAUGAAGCUGCUCACCUACGAGCUAAAGAACUGGAGCAAUGCCACCUGCCUGCAGCUGGCCGUGGCCGCCAAGCACCGCGACUUCAUUGCCCACACCUGCAGCCAGAUGCUCCUGACCGACAUGUGGAUGGGACGGCUGCGCAUGCGCAAGAACUCCGGCCUAAAGGUGAUCCUCGGCCUUCUGCUGCCACCUUCCAUCCUAAGCCUGGAGUUCAAGAACAAGGACGAGAUGUCGUACAUGCCCCAGGAGCAGGAGGCCUACCUUCAGGAGAAGGACUCGGACGAGGCCGACAAGCCGGCUAAGGACAAGGAAGAGGAGGACAUGGAGUUCACCGUAAGAGCAUACUGUGAGGCGCAGUACAACUCCGUGGCUAUGUUGGGGAAUGUGAGCUCGGAAGUGUCUCGAAAGAAGGAAGUGGAGGAGGCCCAGAAUCGUCAUCGCCUGAUUCCAGUCGGCCGCAAGAUCUACGAGUUUUACAACGCCCCCAUCGUCAAGUUUUGGUUCCACACGAUGGCCUACGUGGGCUACCUGAUGCUCUUCAACUACAUCGUGCUGGUGAAGAUGGACCUGUGGCCCUCACCUCAGGAGUGGAUCGUCAUCGCCUACAUCUUCACCAACGGCAUCGAGAAGAUGAGGGAGAUCCUGAUGUCCGAGCCCGGUAAGCUGCUGCAGAAGGUGAAGGUGUGGCUGCAGGAGUACUGGAACAUCACCGACCUCAUGGCCAUCCUCAUCUUUUCCAUCGGAAUGGUGCUCCGCCUCCAGGAGCCGCCACUCAUGAGCUACGGCCGGGUCAUUUACUGCGUCAACAUCAUCUACUGGUACAUCCGUCUGCUGGACAUCUUCGGCGUGAACAAAUACCUCGGGCCGUACGUCAUGAUGAUCGGAAAGAUGAUGAUUGACAUGAUGUAUUUCGUGAUCAUCAUGCUGGUGGUGCUCAUGAGCUUCGGCGUGGCACGUCAGGCCAUCCUGAACCCCAACGAGGACCCGUCCUGGAUGCUGGCGCGCAACAUAUUCUUCAUGCCGUACUGGAUGAUCUACGGCGAGGUUUUCGCCGACCAGAUCGACCAUGUGAAUAGUAGGAAGCUACAGAACAGGCUGAAUGAAAAACUCUGGCCGGUCGAAAAUUAUGUUCGAACCCAAGGAAUCGGGCGUAACACGGGUCCAUCCCAUAUAGCACCGUGUGGGCAGAACAUCACCACGGAGGACGGCGCCAUCGUGCCCCUACCGCCGUGUAAGACCGGAGCUUGGAUUGUGCCUGCUAUCAUGGCGUGCUACCUGCUGGUCGCCAACAUCCUCCUGGUUAAUCUGCUCAUCGCAGUCUUUAACAACACGUUCUUCGAGGUGAAGUCCAUCUCCAACCAGGUGUGGAAGUUUCAGCGCUACCAGCUGAUCAUGACCUUUCACGAGCGCCCUGUCCUCCCUCCUCCUCUCAUCAUCUUCAGUCACAUGACCAUGGUCCUGAAGCAUCUGUGCUGCCGCUGGAGAAAGCACGACGACGACGAGCGGGACUUCGGGUUGAAGCUCUUCAUCACAGAGGACGAGCUGAAGAAGGUCCACGACUUUGAGGAGCAGUGCAUAGAGGAAUAUUUUCGGGAGAAAGACGAUCGCUUCAACUCCUCCAACGACGAGAGGAUCCGAGUCACGUCUGAAAGGGUGGAGAACAUGGCGAUGCGGCUGGAGGAGGUCAACGAGCGCGAGCACUUCAUGAAGGCCUCCCUGCAGACGGUGGACAUACGCCUGGCGCAGAUGGAGGAACUCAUCGCUCGCAUGGCCGCGGCCCUGGAGCGGGUGGCGGGUGUGGAUCGGGCGGAGGUGCACAAGGCCUGCUCGAGGACGUCCUCGGACUGCACCGACACCAACUACAUCCUGCGUCAGAGCAGCUUCAACAGCCAGGAGGGCAACACCUACAGGCUGCAGGAGUCUAUGGAGCAGGGUGGGGAUGAAUCUAUUUCCCCGACCUCGCCAACCACGCUGGCGCCCAGGGUGCGAAGCCAUUCCUUUUACAUGGGGCAUUCGUUCCGGGACAAAUGUGGACCAGACAGGGCGGAGGUGUUCUUUAAAGAGCGCUCGCUAAGCCUGCAUCGAGCCAACAGCUCGCAGUCGGUGGCUUCCGGAGCUGGCACCAAAGAAUCCAAGCCCGCCCCUUUGAACACUCUGUCCGUACAGCAGCAGCACCGACCGUCAUCUUGCAUCGAUAUUUAUGUGUCCGCGUCGGAGGAGGCGCCACCCCAGGAGAGCUUCUUGGAAGCCGUCCCAAUGACGAGGACGGUUGCACGAGACUCCUCCCUUCAUUCGGAGAUCAUGGAGGCGGUGCUGACUGGCGAAAGACAUCCUGACGGCAGCGUCUUGUUUGAGGACAGUGCUUCCGCCGAUCUGUCAAUGUGCACCGCCCACCUGCCCCCAGACACCCUGCCCCACUGGGACACAGAGGCGUCUCCGCCCCUAUCGGCGGGAAUCCUGGAGCGCUCCAAGAGCAGUCGCUUUUUAUCUGCGGCCGCGCCCCUUUUCCUGGACGAGCCGCCAAUAGUCAAGUCCCACAGCCUGAUGUUCACGCCGCGCACUUACUACGGCGGCGUCGGCAUGCAAGUGAAGGCGGCCGAAUACACCAGCAUCACGGACUGCAUCGACACGCGCUGCGUCUCCGCGCCGUACCCGGUGCCCGAGCGCUCGGACUCGCCCGGCGGCUCGUUCACCUUCGAAAAGCCUCAGGAUUUGUGUGUCUCCCACCCGGAACGUGAUGCCGAGUUGAGCCACGUGGAGUCCGACCCCGAGGACGCUGCGCCCGACGCAAGCAAGCCCUCUUCCAGCGGAGGGGGCGGUAUGGGGGUGGAUUUGGCCCUGGGUUUGACCCUGGGCCCUUUCUACUCUCCGAUGUCCAGACUGGAACGAGCCAACAGCUGCUCUUCGUCGGAGGAUUCGCAUUCCAACGUAUACGCCCGAAAGAGCUUCUCAAUCAGCGAGCGCAUGGACAAGGGGCGCGGCAGGAACCCUUUCCAGAGGAGUAAGUCCGGUGCCAGGCCCGACACCAAGACGGACGCGCUCUCCUUGAGGCACCUAGCCAAGCCGUCGGCCUUCCAGAGCUUCGACGGCAAGCGCAACUACACGUGAUGUUAGAUGUGGCUCAGAGGAGAGGGUGCAUGACGUCGUAGAUCUGCAGUAGUCAGCGUAGGAUGGAACAGGAUCCUUCAAAUGUCAUUCGAUGUCCAAAGACACAUUCGAGCCGUUAGUACCGUCAUGGUUAGCAGAAUAGGGCACUUUGACAGCUUAGUACAGAGCUGGAAUUUAAUGGUGACGUCUAAUGUUUGUCCAUUCUGUGGGUUUGGGGGUAGGGAUUAGAAAUGGGGGAGCAUGUACCAAGAAUGAAAAACGAACUCACAGUGUAUUGUCUGCUGAGAUUAAGUGCAUUCUCCCUCUCUGGUAGGCUAGCAAACGAUGUUUUAAACAAAUGAAAUCCCCGUAUUAAUAUGUUGGUCUUUUUGAUUUGCACCAGUCAUGUCAUGCCAUAGUCGUAACUACGCAGAGUCGAUGUCUUAAACCCAAAUCAAACUUAAAGGGAAAUAUUU